UCACUAAUUGCUUGUUUGUGUGUCUGCUGUGUGGAGGCAUCAGUCUGCUGUCGAGAGCGUCAUUUUGUUCUGGAGGUGUUUUUUUCUGGGCAGACUUUGGAUAUCACACCCUCACCACCGGAACCUAUUGCCUUCUUUCUGUAUUCCACCCCUCACAAGUGUCAGUGUCAUGUUACCACCUGUGAAGAAGGACCGGAUCAUUACCCAGCUCCCAAAGUGUUUUAGUCCAAAUGCUGCGCUUCACACCAAAGAUGGCUUUCAUCCUCAGGUGAAGGCGGUCUGUCGGGUACCGAAGGGAGGCACAGUGAGCUUUAACAUCGCCAAGGUCAUUGUGGUGGGAGAUGUAGCGGUGGGAAAAACAUGUCUGAUCAGCAGGUUCUGCAAGGGUGAGUUUGAUAAGAAUUACAAGGCGACCAUAGGGGUGGAUUUUGAGAUGGAGCGAUUUGAGGUGCUCGGUGUUCCUUUCAGUUUACAGCUUUGGGAUACAGCAGGUCAGGAGCGGUUCAAGUGCAUUGCUUCAACUUACUACAGAGGAGCACAAGCCAUCAUAGUAGUGUUUGAUUUAAGCAGUGUUGGCUCUUUAGCACAUGCCAGGCAGUGGCUGGAGGACGCUAUGAAGGAAAACGAUCCAUCCAGUGUUUUACUGUUUCUUGUCGGUACCAAGAAGGACCUCAGUUCUCCGGAACAGUUGGCUCAGAUCGAAAGAGAGGCCAUCAGACUCUCUGAGGAAAUCAAAGCGGAGUACUGGGCCGUGUCAGCAAAGUCAGGAGACGGCAUCAGGGAUUUCUUCUUCCGUGUGGCCUCUUUGACUUUUGAGGCCAAUGUUCUGUCUGAACUCGAGAAAAGUGGGUCAAGGAACGUUGGCGACAUUAUCAGAAUCACAGACAGCACAGAGACUGAUCACAAACCAACCAAGAGGAAAUCCACCUGCUGCUGAUGACAGAUGACGGACGAUCGCCCGGACACACGAUACCACCCACACAGGAUAACGCAACUGAAACAUAGACUCAUUGUGCUCAGUGUGGACGCGGACAGAUCCCAUCAACAUGGAUGUGCUGUUGCAUUUCAGCUGCAGUUUUCCUGAGAAGGAAUUUGUAAUGUUUUUAGGUUUGACAUCAUUAAAUUUAUGUUUAGGCUGAAAAACAACAAGUCAGUCAGCAGCUUGACUGUGUCCGCUUAGGAAUGUGUGCACCGCCGCCCAGAGCUGCAACAAACAAAGCAUUGUGAUACGCCAGCUUACAUAAAAAUGAGCCAAAACAGAAAGAUCUCAUUUUUGUUUUUGGUUUUUUUUUUUUUUUUGCAGACCACCAUCAAAAGCUUUCACAAACAUGUCUGAACCAACAUUUUUCUCACGUUACGGCUGAAAUUGUCUGCACCAGACCUAAUGCGCCUUCUUUGGUUUCCUGACUCGUCUCCUGUCAUGUGUCUCUCUGCUGCUAAUGUGAUGCGUACGCUGGCUCCCAUGACCACGGUUAUACCCACAAUGCAUCUGUCUGCACUGACACAAGCGUUCUCAUGAUCUUGAAAAUGGAGGGAUUGUUUGCAGAGAGUUACAUCUGUGGCCAACUGAUUUCAUCACUCACUAAAGAAACAGACUGUUUCUAACUGCUUGUUAAGAUGUCCGUAUAUGCAGUAUAUACAUGUUUACACUCUCAUGUCUCCUAUUUAACAUUUAUCUCGGUCACAGGCCAUGGGAUACUAAUAUGUUUGACCACCUUGUUGCCUCAAAACAAAGUUUUUUUCUUUAAAUGUGCAAAUUGGAGCAGAAUUCUUCACAUUCUCUUCACAACUCUUCAUAUUUCAACUAGGAUGAGAAAUUAAAACACAUACAGGGCUUUUCAGAAGCUUUCUAACAGGCUGAUUUUUUAUGUUUACAAAACCCAAACCAAAUGAAAGUGGUAAACAUGCCAUGCUGAUGGUUCUUGACACCCAUUCUAAAGACUGGGUCAGGAGCCACAUGUCGCCAAAAAAUGUUCAUUACAACCGUUUCAUAAACUUUAAACAACAUCAAUGUCAAUCUCAGCUCAAUGUUCAUAUUUUAGUGAUAGUUGCAUUUAGAAUCUAGUAUAAAAGACUAUCAUAUGUUCUAUUUUAGAGCAAGGAAAGAAAAAAAAAGGACCUCUUUGACCUCAGUAAUGCAUACAGCAGACUGUGGAAGAUGUGAUUUACCUGGUUUGGGCGUUUAAGAAACUGUCAUGAGGUCAUGUGGAAAUUAAGAUAAUAAUAGUCAAGUUCAGUUAUUUAUUUGUAGAAGAGGCUUGUUGUGAACUGGGUCAUGAUGGCUCAUCAGUUUUAAAAAGUAGGUCCCCACAAAGAAAUAGUGCUGGCAAGUGCUGUCAUUGAUGGUAGUCCAAAAUUUAGAACUGAGAUCCUUUAACAAGUAUUUAACCUUUUUUUUUAACAUCGCUCAACAUUUAUUUCACCAACCUUUUUUCCUGCUAGUGCCUCGUUGAAUUAAAUGUAAAAAUAUACCUGUGUGUUCUUAUAAUAGCAGUGACAAUGCACUUUUUCAUUACGUAGCCUCAUGACCCUGGUUACCAGCGCAGCACCUUUACUUCCACAAAACCCUGAUGUACAUCAUGUAUGUCACAUAAUCAAAUAAUCACAUGAACUCAGUGUCAUAUGAAUACUUUUAUUAAAGGGGUCACAGGUAGAAAAGGUCAUCAGCAGUACUAGAGAAGACAUCACCGUCACUAUCAUCAUCAUGUCUCCACUACUGCCGACAACCAAUCACAGCCUUGCUGAGAAAGAAGAAAUAUCUUAAUCUGUCAAGAGACAUAAAACCAAAACACAUUAUUUUUUCAAACAAUAUGCAUAUUUAUGGAACCAUGAUGCUUUGCACACUGCUAAAUAAAGCACACCAUUGAAUACCAGCGCUGCUUGUUUGUACUGUCGUACAAACAAUCACAAAGAGCUUCGACAAUAUAUUCUGAAAGAACUGCGUGCAGUAAAGGAUAGUACAGAGUUAGAAAUAUAAACACAGUGGAGUCAGUUUAUAGCAUCUUCUCAUUAUAGUGUUAAUGUCCUCAUCCACUGAAAUGUCCUAAUUUUAGUGAAAAUAAAAUCCUGAUAUGAAACAGACUUUUGGUUUUUACUCAAACCCGCAUGUUUUAAAACUGGGGAAAGUGAUACUGACUUGGGCUUAAAUGCAGCAGCUACGUCACUUUACGUGACGGUGGCAACAAAACCCGAUGUUGAAAGUAAAAUACUCAAACUACAGGCAUCAGUGACGCUAGAGUUUUGAGUAAACUUCAGCAAACCAUCAUUUAUGUCUAUGUACUAUUUCCACUUAGAAAACCUGCCAUUUAGAUAUUGUUCCUAAAAUUUCAUGUUAAUGCAAAGCCUUGCAAAAACGCAUACAAGGUUGCCUCUAGUGUGACACAUCAGUGGUGUCAACACAAUACUCUCAUAUAGAAUGAAGUUACAUCAGAGACUAUCUACAGGAGCCAAAAUAAAAAGCAGAUCAUAUUACAGCAUGUUGGAAAUACAACUAGCAGUGGCUCACAUAUGAUGGAGGAACUCAAGCUGGCAUGAUAGUUUCUCCUUGAAUUAUUUUUUUAAAUCAGUGUCCUCCCUCACGCUCUACAUGUGUCUGUGUCCACUCAAAGGUGUGUGUGUGUGUGUGUGUGUUUACUUUAACAGAUGUGACGAGUGGAGGCUUAAAGUUCAAACAGAAAAAAAACAGUCUUUAUUCAUUGACGCUUCACUCCAUACA